AUGGCAGGCGAGGGCUGGGCAGCGCACGUCACGCCCAGGGCCCCGCUACGACAAGGGAGACGCCCGCUCGCCCCUCAAGAUGGCGGCGAAAGGGACGUGCUCGCGUACGGAAGCCCCUCGGCUCGACGCAGUCGCCGGCGGGAAGUGAGGUUCUCCGAGCUCCCGCCCCAAGUGUACGGCGACUUCGAGCCGCUUGCGUCCAGAGGAAGUGCCCGAGUGGAAAAGCGGACCCAGACACAAGAGUUCCGCCCUGUGCCCGAGAAAGAGGAAGUGGAGGAGAGAGCCUAUUAUUACCUUAGGUCUCGGCAGGACGCUCAUCUCUCGCGCUCGCGACCUGGAGAGAUGAAUACGAGGAGAGCGACCCGGCUCCAGCAGCAGCAGGAGGCUCAGCCACCGCCGCAGCCCUCGCCGGCCACUACCAGGAGAGGGCUGCGGGACCUGCAGUCCUCGGAAGGUGAGGGCGGCGGAGGCGCUGGCCGCCGCCGCCGAGAGGAUGAACCAUCUUCCCAAACCAUCAUGAGCCAGACAGUCUCAAAAAAAUCAAUCAGGAGACUACAAGAGAUUACAGUAGCUAAUGAGAAUUCUGCAAUUAUUGUUGACCUUCGCAGACCACCUAUAAAAAGUUCAGGAUCUGAUUACUCCUCGUUUGGGACAAAUGGAAAUACUAAAAUGAAGGAAACAGGAGUCACUAGAAUGCAGAAGGUUGAUUUCUCUGAAGAAGGGGAAACUGAAGAGGAGGAGGCAGAACACCACAACAUCUCCGACAGUGACGUGAAUCCUCCCAGCCAUAGUGAUGAGGAUUCUGCUAAGUCAAGAGGCCAAGAAAUAAAACUUCCCAAUAAGCAGUCACCAUUGCUAACCUCCCAAAUUCCAAUAAAACCUCUGGAAUGGUCUGGACAAAAUGCAAGACUACGGACAAAAUCACCAACAUCUACAGUAGGCCAGACCUUGAUUCACGAUCAUUUUUCAGAUGAUGAUAACUUCCAUAAAUCAGACCUUACAAACAAAUCAUUAUUAUCUGUCAACCAAACAGAUGAGUCCAGAAAGAAGUCUUCUGUCAUAGUGUGGCUGCUGGUUUUAUUAGUCAUUCUUGUUGCCCCCAGUUUUUUCUACAUAAAUUGGACUUCAACCACAAGUGUAGAAACCACUGCUGUGCAGAAAUUCCAGAACCAGAUGAAAAAGCUUAUGAAUAAGUACCGAAAUCAGGAUGAAAAGUUAUGGAAAAGGAGCCAGAUGUUCCUGGAGAAACACCUGAAUAGUUCCCACCCUCGGCCCCAGCCCGCCAUCCUGUUGCUGACUGCUGCCCAGGAUGCUGAAGAAACGCUCAGGUGUCUGAGUGAACAGAUUGCCGAUGCCUACUCCUCCUUCUAUAGGGUUCGUGCAAUCCGAAUUAAUGGGACUGGCAGAUCCGCCCAAGACAGUGAUGAUGUCAAGCAGGAAGUAGAUCAGAAACUGAACAGUGGAUUCCAGAAUGGCCAGAAUGCAGCUGUGGUUCAUCGUUUUGAGUCACUCCCCGCAGGCUCCACGCUCAUCUUCUACAAAUAUUGUGAUCAUGAAAAUGCUGCCUUCAAAGAUGUGGCCCUGAUUCUUACAGUCCUCCUGGAAGAAAAGACACUGGGAACUGAUUUAGGCCUAAAGGAGAUUGAAGAGAAAGUGAGGGAUUUCCUCAAGGCCAAGUUUACCAGUUCUGACACCCCUAACUCCUAUAAUCACAUGGAUUCAGACAAACUAAGUGGACUGUGGAGCCGUAUCUCCCACCUAGUAUUACCUGUUCAACCUGAAAAUUCCCUGAAAAGUGGGGUGUGCUUAUAACUGUGAGAGAAAAGGAGAUAUGCCUCAUGUCCCAAGAACUUCUCAAGCCCUUUGACCAGUAAUAAGAAUCAGAGUUCUUUUUGCAAGAACUAUUUUCUUUUUAAAGGAAAUUAAAGUUCUGUUGUAAACAUAGGACAUAGUGAAUGCAAAGCAUUGUAAAUGCUUUUAAUUUCUUAGUCAUCUUAAUAUGGUCUGUUUUCCUGAAGAGGAUUUUUUCCUUUGUUACAUGCAGAACAGCAAAGGCUGCACCUUAGAGUUGCAGUUAGUUUGCAGGUUCCACAAAGAGUUGUCUUUGAGAACCUGGAGCAGAAUCAUUAUAGGUUUUGUCUGAUUAAUGAAUUGAUAGACUCCCCUCCCAUCAACUUUUCCAAUUUUUUAAGUUAGGUAUUUUCUUCCAAAGCUUUCCCUGCCACCUCCCCUGCUCCUGCUCCUGCUCCUGCCCCUGCCCCUGCCCCUGCCCCUGCCCCUGCCCCCCCCACUCCCUACCCCUGAUGCUUUAUUCAUUGGCCUAAUGGUAUGGCAGCUCCUCACACAUAGCUAUGGGCUUUCCUGUUUCCUUUCCUUUAGCACAUUUUAGGUGUGGAUUUACCCUCUUAACUAUUUCUUAGAAUAACAGAAGCACUGAAAAUUUUCAAAGGUUGGGGAAAUAGGGGAAAAGUCUUGCACAAAAUUAAAUUUUAACAAUAAGCCAUUGAGACUUGGAUGAUCUAGAUGUUUAUAGCGUCCUUAUCAUCCCAGUUAAUAAUUCAGUCUUUCCUUUUUAGUACAGCCAUCUCAAAAUAUUUUUCCCAUAAGAAAUUUCUGAUCCUGCAGUAAGAUUUGGAAGGCAAUAUAUCAUGAAACCUAAGUUCAGUCUUACCCCUUGAAGGCUAGGCAAAUUCUGGGUAGUUUAUUCUGAACAUAUAUAUUAAAGCUUUUGAUUUUAAUAAAAAUCUAAAAUUGCAGGAUCAGUAAAUAAUAUUAACUUCUUUGUCUGUAUAUGUGUUUUAUUCUGAGUCAUUUAAUGAAACUUCGUGAAAAAUAUGAAGAUUUACUAUGCAUAUAAGUUUAUUUUGAGUGCCUCAUGCCAAAAAGAAAGUAAAAGUACCACAGAUGAAGAAUUUUUAAAUGUAUAUUUAGUGUACUUACAUAUUUCAGUUUUAACUUUCAAUCUGUAAUUUAUAGUAUUCUAGUCUCUUAAGUUGCUAUAGUUUUUCUUAGGUUCUUACAAUUAUGGAGUGACCUAGGGUUGGUUUUAUUUUGUUUGUGAAACUUGGAAAAUCUUUAUUCUUAUUUUCUCUCAGAGUGUUAUUAGAGCUAGACAUUGGUUUCAUAAUUGCCUUUGAAUGGCCUGUAUUUGAUAGUAAAUUGAUAGAUGGUUCAAUUCUUCUUUGGUGAGGCUGCCUACAUUCAUAAAUCACAUCCCUAUUAAAAUGAUUUUCUGAAGAUCCAAAGUCAUAUUAUUUGAAUCAUUUUCCCAAAAAAAUUCACAAAUGAACAGAAAGUGAUAAAAAAAAAUUGUCAUUUUGUAUAUACAAAAAGUAUUGAGUGGUAAAUGUUUUUAUUAAAUAUUUUGCUGACCAAAUAAUUUUAAGUGAUUAAUAUGCUACUUGUUAUACCUUUUGGAAACAUUAAUUGUAGCAGCUGAUUUGUAAAUGACUUUCAAAACUAUUUUAGUAAUUUAAAUAAAUUUACCUUUUUGGUUUUUA